AUGUUUCUUCUGGACCUUCCGCCCGAGUUACUUGCCCUCAUCGCAGACUGUCUCGGAGCCUCUGAACUUCGCAAGUCUGUCGCCUACCUACUUCUCGCCAAACGCUGGUACCAGGCUGUGCUUCCUGUCUACCUCUCUCAACUUCCACUCUCCGAUCUCUACCUCGCCUCUCACCACGACCUUGAGAGACUCCCCCCAUCAGACACAGCGCUGAGUAACCUAAUCCAAACGAAAGCGAAACGCUUGUCAGUCCGCUUCGUCGGCCAUCCAUCCAUCCGUCCCAGUGUGGUUCCUUGGCACGACAACGGAGACCUCUACCACUCAGACAACCUUGGGCUCGAUGGUACGAAGAGAUUGAAAAACUGGCACUGCGACUGGAUGACCGUUGGCCCGGUGGAGCGUUACAGUGGCCGAAGACGCUGGCAUUGGCAUAGAGAACAGGAAACUCUGCAUCAAUGGGGAUACCGUAUUAACAAGAAGCUCGUGGAGCUGGCUGCUAUGAUGUUCAAUUCCAAAUGUUUGGAGGAGUUUAGCCUGGAGGCUUCAAGCGAACAUACUGACGAGCAUGGUCCGCGCUGGGAUUAUUUACAUGAAUCUACCAUUCGCAGUCUCAUCUCCAGCCUCCCGUCCAGCCUCAACAAUCUUACGCUGGAUUUGUGCGGCUCGGGAACCAUCACACCUGAUCGCGGUAUACCGACUGCCCAUCUAUGUCCUCUUAUCGGCCAACGACUACGUGAUUUCCGGAAUGUCAGACUGCGGCUGCGGUGCAUUUGCCCUCAAGUCCUUCGAAGCUCCUCGUUAAUACCUAAUGUCGGAUCAAGAUUGAAGACACUGAUCAUUAAGCUCAGCCUUCCAUCCUUCCCUGAAGCUGCCGAUGAAGUUCACAACGGUUAUAAUGAGUUUGAUGCAAAAUCGUGCCUUGUGACCGCAAUUCCACUCUACAAAAGGAUGAUCGCAGCAGGGGUAGACUCCGCGAAAAACUCCCCUGAACUGUCACUGAUGCGAAUCUCCUACCGGUCGCAAAGUGAUACUGAUGAUCGCUCAAGCUACAAUCUUGCUGUGGCUGACUGUGUGAGAAAACAAUACAUGUUUGAGCCUACUGAGAAAUUUUGUUACGAGGAUGAUGGGAGUCAGUGGGACGCAUGGGAAGAUAGUGACACUUUGCGAGAUGGAGGACCUUUUGAGGAACUGUUGUGGUAG